AUGCCGCCGGCAGAAAAAAGCAAGGGACCACCGGUCCUGGCGCCCGCUGAACGCGCCCGGGGCCGGGUGCCGGGCCUGCAGUCGCCUGCGCUGUGCUGCGCCUGCGGUCUGUGCGCGCUGCUGGCUGGUGUGAACGUGACGCUGGCGGGCGCCUUCGCCUCCUUCCUGCCCGGGCACAACCCGCUGCUCGUUGUGGGGCCGGGGCUGCUGGUGCUGGCGCUCGGCUUCUUCGCGGCCUGCUGCGUGUUUAGCCGCCGGGGCCCCGCGCCCGGCGCGCGCUCGGCGGCCGCGGUGGUCCCUGGCCAGGGUGGCGGCUGCGCCGGGCCCGUGGCGCUAGAGAUGGAGAGCAGCGAGCGCACGGUACAGGACACCACGGCCGUGCAGCUCAGCCCUGCAGUCUCAGCCUCGUCCUCCGGCCGCUCCAGCCCCGGCCCCAGCACCCUCGCCUUGGAGGCCCCGGCGCCCGGGGCCUUCUGCGCGCUGCGCUCAGAAGGGGUCCAGCUCAACCCGCCCCGGGAGCGGGCCGCCCCCUAG